AUGGAAUUAAACGAAAGGAUUUUAAAAUACCUAGAAAGUAGUGAUAAAAUUGAUACACUAAUAUUAGCUAGUGAAUUUAAUGAAGACCAUCAAAAAAUAGUUGGGGCUGUUAAAAGUUUAGAAGCACUAGAAAUGGUUAUAUCAGAGCCAGUAAAAAGCACAAAAUGGGAAUUAACGGAUGAAGGAAAGUUAGUUGCAGAAAAAGGAAGCCAUGAAGCUGUUCUGUAUAGAAGUAUUCCCGAAGACGGAAUGCCUCAGGCUGAAAUAAUGAAGACUGUACCAAAUGCUAAAGUAGGUUUUAGCAAAGCUAUGUCCCUUGGAUGGAUAUACAUGGACAAAUCUGGAGGGCCACCACUAAUUAAAAGGAAAAUCAAUAGUAUUACUGAUGUAGUACAAGAUUAUCUCAAUCAAAUUAGAAAAGGAAUCGAUAACUUACCUGAUAAUGUACGAAGUGAUUAUAAGAAGAGAAAACUUCUUCAAGAGAUCACACUGAAAAGUUUCUUAUUAUCUAAAGGACCACAGUUUUCGACAUCAAUAAAAAAGUUGGAAACUGACUUAACAAGUGAAAUGUUGUUGACUGGAUCAUGGAAACAAUUACAAUUCAAACCAUACAAUUUUGAUGCACUUGGGCAACCACCUGAAUGCGGCCACCUCCAUCCAUUACUAAAAGUGAGAUCGGAAUUUAGGGAAAUUUUCCUAGAAAUGGGUUUUACUGAAAUGCCAACAAAUCAAUAUGUUGAGAGUUCUUUCUGGAACUUUGAUGCUCUCUUUCAACCUCAGCAGCAUCCCGCUAGAGAUGCGCAUGAUACAUUUUUCAUUUCAUCUCCCAGUCAAUCCACGCAGUUUCCUAUGGACUAUUUAGAAAGAGUUAAAACUGUUCAUAGCAAAGGCGGUUAUGGAUCGCAGGGUUAUAGAUACGACUGGAAGAUAGAGGAGGCUCAGAAGAACUUGCUCCGCACGCACACCACGGCGGUGAGCGCGCGCAUGCUGUACAAACUGGCCCAGCAGAAGGAAUUCACUGCCCAGAAAUACUUCAGCAUUGAUAAAGUGUUCCGCAACGAGACGCUGGACGCCACGCACCUGGCGGAGUUCCACCAGGUGGAGGGCGUGGCGGCGGCGCGCGGGCUCGGCCUCGCCGACCUCAUCGCCACGCUCGACGCCUUCUUCUCGCGCCUCGGCUUCCGCCAGCUGCAGUUCAAGCCCGCCUACAACCCCUACACGGAGCCCAGUAUGGAGAUAUUCGCGUAUCACGAUGGGCUCGGUAAGUGGAUAGAGAUCGGCAACUCCGGGGUGUUCCGUCCCGAGAUGCUGCUGCCGAUGGGGCUGCCGGCGGACGUGCGCGUGAUCGCGUGGGGGCUGUCGCUGGAGCGCCCCACCAUGAUCAAGUACGGGCUGACCAACAUCCGCGAGCUCGUGGGGCCGCGCGUGGACCUGCGCAUGGUGCACCACAACCCUGUCUGUAGGCUGGAUAAG